AUGAAAUCCCCAAAUAAUAUUUCAACAAGUAAUGAAAAGGCUUACAACAAUGUAGACUUUGUUAAGAGUAGAAUAAACACAUACAAUUUGAAUAAUGAAAACAAGAUGAAUAAAAAUUAUUUGCCGAUAGGUAAAUAUAAAAAUACUUUUGAAAAAACAAAAAAUGUAGACAAUUGUAUGACAACAAAAUCUUUGAAUAAUUUAAAAAAUAAAAAGGAUAUUAUAAGAAAUGGAAAAUAUGUGAAUGAAAAAAUAAAAAUGAGUGAACAAAUUAAUGUUAAUGAAAAUUUAAAACUUUUAAAAAAUAAAAUACCUUUGUUAAAAACUAAUAUUCUUAGAAAAAAGGAAACAAAUAAAUCAAUUAAUACAUUUAAAUACAAAUCAAAUAUUGAAAGAAAAGAAAAUGUCGAAAGGGGGGAAAUAAUAAAAGAUAUAAAUAUAUUUAAUGAUAAAAAUAAAUAUAUAGAAAAAAAUUACUCACCAAAAAAUGAGAAUCAGGAAAAUAAAUUAGAAAAAUUAACUAAUAUUAAUAAUAUUAAUAAUAUUACUAAUGAUAUAAGUAAUAAUACCAUUUUAGACGCAUUAUCAAAUACAAAUAAUGAAAAAAAUAUUUAUAUGAAUAAUAGUCCAAUUAAGAAAGACACAGAAUUUAUUUCACAUAUUAAAAGAACAUCAAUUAAUAUUAAUAAUAAAGAUUAUGCACGUAAUAUAUCUAAACCAUAUAUAAGAAGAAGUGUUACUUUUACGAACACGGGCAAAAAUAUACCUCUGAAUAAAAACAUAUCGUCAAUAAAUAAUAAUGAAAAUAUCUUAAGCGGAAUAAAAAUAAAUGAGAAAAUGUACAUUCCAAAUAGGUUAUAUAUCCAACAAAAUUCUCUCAUCAAAAAUAAAAUAGAGAGUAGUAACAAAAUAAAUAAUAUUAAUACUAUAAAUAAUAUGAGUAGUAUUAUUAACAAUAAUAAUAAUAAUAAUAAUUCCAUUAUGGUAGUCAAAGAUAUAAAUAAUAAAGACAUAAAAAAUUUGACAAAAGAAAAAUAUAAUAAAAUAAUAACACCUAUAUCACCUGUAGGUAUAAACAAAAAAGAUAUACACAAAAAUUCCAAUAUUAUAGAAAAUACAAUAUCUCCUACACUUAUUCCAAAUUAUAAAAAAAUAAAAAUAUUAAAAGAAACAAAAAUAAUCAAGCCUUUGUCUAACGACACAUUUCAUAAUAAUUUAAAAACAACACUAAUCAAUACUAUAAUGAAUCCUCCUGCCCAAAAAAAAAUAAUAAAAGGAGACAUAAAUGAUAUAUAUAUAAAACAAAAAAAAACAAAUAAUAUAAAUUUAAAAAAAAUAAAUGUUCCAAUAAAUAAAAGAACUACUACUAUUAUAAAUAAGAACGAACAUGAUAACAAUAUUAUAUCUAAACAAUUAACUCAUAAAAAAAAUUUUAUCGAAAUAAAUAAACAGCCAUUAUUAAGGAGACACUCCACAGCUGUUUUAAAUCAUAACAUUUCUAAUUUAAAAAAAAACAUAAGUAAUGUCAAAGAUAAAAAUGAUAAAAUAUAUUUAAACAAGGGAAAUAUAAUAUAUAAAGGAAAUAAUAAAUUUAAUAAUCAUGAUAAAGUAAGCAUUAUAAAAAAUAUUCCUAUAAAUAACAUACAAAAUGAACAAGAAACGGAUAUAAUACCUUCAAACGUUUUAAUUAAUAAAAAUGUGGGGACUGCAAAAAUUAUGAUAAUAAAAAAGGAUAACAAUCAAAAAAAUGGAAACAUGGAAAACAAAAUUAACAAUAAUAAAAAAAAUGACAAUAAUAAUAAUCAAUCGUGUGCAGAAAAAAGUAACAAAAUCAAUGCUCUCUUUAAUAUACCAAAAAGAUUAAGUACUUCGAUAUAUACUAAAAUAAAAAAAAAUUUCAUAACCAAGAUUAAUAGAAAUUUGAACGAGACAAAUAAAAAAAAUGAUAAUGAAAAUAUGGAUGAUAAAACAAAUGAAUCGAUUGACAUGAAAAUAAGUGAACCAAUAAAUGAAAUAUUAGUUGAAAGAAAAAAUCAAAUAUUGAAUGACCUACCAAAUAAUCAGGGGGAAUUAAAUUACAGCACGAAUGAAUUAACCAAUGAUAACAUACCCUCAGAAUAUCUUGAAAAUAUAAAUAAGGAAGAAUACAUCUUAAAAGAAGAUAUAGAAUGUGAUAAUAAAAAUAUUGCUCAAACAAAUAUGGUUGAAAAUAAGGAUAACAAAAUGAAUGAUGUAAGUUAUAAAAAUAUUACAUAUAAUGACAAAAUAAUUGAUACCAAUGAAACUAUGGUAAGUGAAAAAUUAAAAGAUAUACAAUCCACUGAUUUAUCAUGUGAAUAUAUUGAAGAAAAUCAAAAAAAGUUUAAAAAUGAAUAUAUAAAUGAAGAAAAGAAUAAAAUUAUUAAUGAGUUACAUCCUAAACGCUUAUCCUACGAUGAUAAUAAAAUGUAUCCUUCAAGUUGUUAUAAUUAUAUUAACGAAAAGGAACCAGAAAUGAUACAUAAAAUGAAUAAAAAUAUUUGCAAUUAUGAAGAAAUUUCAACCUAUGAAAAAACAAAAUAUAUAUAUCCUAAUGAAACACAGGAAAGUAUAAAUUGUGAUAUAACAAAUAUUUCGAAAGAUAAUUAUCAGUCUGGUCACAAUGAUAAAGAGUAUAAAACGAAUAAUUUAAAUAUUAAUCAGAAAGGUAAUCAUAAUGAUAAAAUAUCUCAUAAUGAUAAAAUAUCUCAUAAUGAUAAUAUAUCACAUAAUGAUAAAAUAUCACAUAAUGAUAAAAUAUCUCAUAAUGAUAAAAUAUCACAUAAUGAUAAAAUAUCACAUAAUGAUAAUAUAUCAUAUAAUGAUAGGAUACUUAUUUUGGGAAAUAAAAAUAUACAAGAUAUAUCAGAAGAUUUUACAAAAAGUAAAACAAUUAAUAAAAUUUAUAUAUCUAAUAAUUGUAUAAACAUGUAUGGGGAAGAAGAAAAAAAUGAAGAAAGUAUUAAAAAAAUUAUGAACGAAAAAUUAAAUAAUAUCAAAACAAAUCAAAGAAUUGAACAUAAAGGUAAAAAUAAAAUAGAUGAUAACACAAAAAUGGUUUUGCAAAAAAGAACACAUGAUAUAUUACAAGGAAAACAUUCCUUUUGUCAUAUAAAUAAUGAAAUAAAUAAAAUCAUUUCGUUGGAAGAUGAUCCAUUAAAUAAUAAAGGAGACGUUAUCUUUUUACGUGACCUUAACAAGAAUAACAAUAAAGACAUAAUCCAUGAAUCAAAUGAAAAUACACAGAAUGAUAUGAAACAUCAAAUUAUUGAAGAUAAAAAGGAAGUGAAAAAGGUAGAAGUAGAAGAAACAUUAACUUAUCAUAAAAUAAUAGAGGACAAAAAUGAAAAUUAUUAUGAACAAAACAUAACGGAUAAAAUAGAAAUAUACAAUAAACAAAAAGAAGAUGAUAAAAUUAGGGGAAAAAAAAAUUCUGAACAUAAAAUGCUGCAAAAUAUAGAAGAACAAAAGAAAGAACAAAUAACAAACAGAACAAAGGAUGCAGAAAAAAAAUAUGCCUGUAUACAUUUUACAGAGUUAAAUAAAAAUAUAUGUAAAAUUUUAAAUUCGAACAAUUACAAAAUUAAAAGGAACAGAAAUAAGAAAAAUAAAGAUAUAAUGAUAAAAGAAAAUGAAAAGAAUCAUCCACAUUCAUAUCGACAUUUACAUAUACAUAAACAUAAUCAAAAAGAUACACAUUCAUAUCGACAUUCAUACACACGGUCACAUCCACAUCCUCUUGAUAUAUAUUACCAAUCGUAUAUAAAAAAAAGUAGAAAAAGUAACAAAAGUGAAGAUUAUUCACUUGUUGAACAAAAUAAUAUUCGUUUAACAAAUGAAAACAAGAAAAAAACAAAAAAUAAUUACAUUGCAUACGAAUCAUAUGAAAAUAAGAAUGAGAAAAAGUUAUCUCUUAUUUUAAAAAAAAAAAAUAAAAUAAUAAAUAAUAAUAAUAAUAUGAUAAAUAAAAUAUUGGAGAAAAAAAAGUUAUCAAAUAAUUAUAAACUGUAUAAUUAUUAUUCACAAUUUUUUCAAAGUUAUAAUCUCAGCAUAAAUAGGUUUAGGAGAAAAAAUCAAAAAAAUUAUGAGCAAGAAAAAAAAAAGAGAAAAAAAAAGAGAAAAAAAAAUUUACAUGUAAUAUUAUUCCCUUUACAUAAAAACAAAACAAAUGAUCAAAAGUUAAAUAAUAUAAUAGAAUUAAACAAGGAACAAACUAUUCAAACCAAAAGGAGGAAAAUUUCUAAUUAUAAGAAUAUACAAGAUAAUAAUUUUGAUAAAAAAACAAGAAAACACAAACGAAAAAAAAAAAAAAUUACAUUUAUUCAUCAUAAAUUAGAACAAAAAGGAUGUAUUAUCCAACCAAAUGAUAAAAUGAAUAAACAUUUAAAUAAUAGCAAUUGUGAUGAAAGUGAAGAAAAAGAAAAUAAUCAUAUGAAGAUAGGGACAAAUACAGAUAUGAUAAAAGAAUAUUAUUCAAUGAGUAACGAAGAAAUAUUACUUGAUAAUAUGUCAAGUGAGAAUAUUAAUGAAUUAAAAGAGAAAAAUGGAUAUAUCAUUGAAAUGGAAAAUAACAUGGAAAAAAAAGAAGGAAAAAAAAUCAAGAUUGUAAAUAAUGAAAAAUCCAAGAUGGAUGAUGAUAAUGAAAAAAAAAAUAAUAAUAAUUUUAAUAUUGGAAAUGAUAUAAAGAUAGAUGUUGAAAAAUAUUUAGAAGAAAAUAAAAACCUCUUUUUUUAUGAACAUGAAUGGAUAAAUAUUAUAUUACAAUUAAUAAAUAAGGAUAAUUUUUAUUUGGCAGAAGAAUUAAUGAUAUUAAUAUUUCAGAAAGAAGAAAAAAUAUACAAAAAUUUUAUAGAAGAAAGAAAUAAAAAUAUAAAAGGAAAUAAUGGAUAUAAAUAUAAUACAACAUGUGAUAAUAUAAAUGUGAGUACAUGUGAUAAUAUAAAUAAUAUGAAUAAUAUAGAAAAUACAAAUAAUCAUCAAAAUGAUAAUAAUAUAAUUUUAUCAAGUGGUAAUAAAAUAGAAGAACGUAUAAAACUAUCCAAUUUUAUGCAACAAAUAUUUAAUUAUUGUCCUAUUGAAUGGCCAUUAUUAGAUAUUAGUAUCUUAAUAAUUGUAUGCCAAGUAGUUUGUUAUAUUUUCAGUUUGAAUAAAUAUCAUAUGUUUACAGAUUGUUGUAUAAUGUUUGAAAAAUAUUGUAUUGGUAUAUUAUUAAACUCUUCACUUAUUAGUUCAAAUAAAAAUCGAAAUACUAUCCUUAUGUUUGAACAUGAUUUUUUUUAUAAAUUUAUUGUCUCAUAUAAUUAUAAAAAACCAACCAUUGAUGUAAUAAAAUAUCACAAGAAUUAUUUAAAGAACGAUCAUUUUAUAGAAGAAAAAACUAUACUAGAUGUUAUUUUUCUUGCUCUAGCAUAUUAUAUAACUGUUAGUCACAAUCUAAAUGAAUAUAUACAAACAAAUAAUAUCAUAUCAUAUAUAAAUGUACUAAAUAAAAAUGUUCCUCAUGAUGUUGAAUCACAAGGAAUAGAAGAAAACUUGACUACACCACAAAAAAAAAAAAGGAAACAUAUAAGGAAUAUAUUGAAUAUAGAUAAAAAUAUAGGUACAGAAAAAAAAUCAACAAUAAAUAAUAAAAGAAAAAGUCAUAAUAAUAAUAUUAACAAUAAUAAUGACAAUAUUUUUUAUGAUGACAUGCAUAUAUUUACACAUAAUAAUUCUUUUUCUCCUUAUUCCAACAAAAAUAUUAAUAUAUAUAAAAAUGUUCCUAAUAAAAGAUAUAAAACAUAUAGACAUUUCUCAUAUAGUACAUUCGGGAACCAUUUGAAAAAAAAAAAUUAUAAUUAUUCCAUUAUGAAACAUAGAUACUCAGAAUUUUUGCCAAUAUCAAAAAAGCUAUCUUAUAUAGAUUCAAAAUUAAAAAGAACAAGGACCUAUGAAAAAAAAUUAAAAAAAAGACUCAGCAUAUUAAGGACAACAAAAUGUAUUAAAAAAAUGAAUAGUAAAGAUUAUUCAAAUAAAUAUAUUAUCAAAGAGAAUAAUCAAAUUGAGGAGAAAACAAAAUGGAUGAAUAGCAAAAAUUAUUAUGACCAACAAAAUAACGAUAAAAUAUAUGAUAAUGAACAAAAAGAAAAUAUACAUUUGAAUGAUACAACUCCAUUAAUGAUUAGCCAAAAUAAUAUUACAAAUUUAGUGUUAUCAAAAAAUAGCAAGAUGGAUACAAUUAUAAAAUAUCAAACAAAAACCAAUUUUGAAAAAUUAUUGUGUCUUAUAAUAAUAGAAAUUUUUAAUUUAAUUUAUGAUAAUAGACAAUAUUCCGUUGAAAAUAUUUUGAUCAUUAGAAAAUUCUUCCGAGUAUUUCUUAAUUUUACUCAGAAGAAAUUUCUAUCUUUAUCUUUAAAGAGACAUCUGAAAAGGAACAUGUGUGAUGUGAAAGAAAAUGGUAAAAUGGAUAAUAUGAGUAUAAAUAAAAAUAAUAUUUUUAACCAUAAAGAUAAUAUAAGUAUAAAUAAAAAUAAUAUUUGCAACAAUGAUAAUAAUAUAAGUAUAAAUAAAAAUAAUAUUUGCAACCAUGAUAAUAAUAUAAGUAACAUAUAUAAUAUGAAUAAUUUAAUAUGUAGAGACACAAAUAUAUCAUCUUAUGAGAUAAAAGAAAGCAAAGAAUUGAUACAGUCACCAAAUAAUAUCUAUGAAAAUUAUUACAAUAUAUGGAUAUGGGUUGAACGUAUAUUUUCAGAAAAUUUUUACGAAAUAAACAAUAUGUUAUAUAAUUUGAAUAAUUCUAAAAAUAAUAAUAAUAAUAAUAGUAAUAGUAAUAGUAAUAAUUCAAGAAAUGAAGAUAUCAAUAUUAAUUAUGAAAAAAUAGAGCUAAUCAGUCAAAAUAUUAAACGUUUUUCUAAUGUACAAAAGAGGAAUUGUUUUGUCUUAAAAUAUUAUUGGAGUGUUUUUGGAAUUAAUGAAGGAUAUAAUGAAAAGAAUAUAAGAAGAGAAAAUUAUAUGAAUGAAAAAAUUGAUUUUACACCUAACACAUAUUUUAAUGAUAUAUAUUCAUAUAUAAAUCAAUGGGAUCAUAAAAAGAACUCAUCAGAUAUUAAUUCUUUAUUAUCAUACUGUUAUUUUCCAAAAUAUUUUUCUCUUAAACAUGAAAAUAAUUUGAAAAAUAAAAUAUUUCUCAAGUUAGAAAAAAAAGAUCUUCUAUAUGAUACUCUUACAUUAUAUUAUUUAUCUUCGAUAGAAUGUAUAUGCAAAGUAUUUCUUGCAAUUGAAGAUAUUCCAUCAUUUUUACACUUACAACAUGAAUCUAAUAUUAUAAAUAAUUUGUUGUUAAAAGAAAAUUAUAAUAUUAAUGAAUCACCUUAUUUAAAUAGAUCAUAUGAAAAUAAAAUAGAAACGAUGAAUAGUGUACGUUUAAACAAUGAUAAUUAUGAUGAUAUAAAUGAAGAAAAGGAUUCGAGUUAUUGGAUAAAAUUAUUGAAAAAUAAAUUGAAAAUAUAUGAUAUACAAUGGCAUGAAGAAUAUGAAAAGAAAUAUUUAAAUUUAGUUAUUUAUAUGAAAUUAAUGAAACAAAAAUUUAAAGAAAAUCAUAUUUUUAAUAAAAUUAUGAAAUAUAAUAUUUCAUCUAUAUGGUUAAAUAAAAGUCAAGUAUAUUUACAAUAUAUUCAAAUAACAAUUAAUUGUAAAUUUUAUUUGCAUUGUUCCUAUAAUACUAUUUAUUUAUUUAUAAAAAAAAAUUAUAUAUUUGUUAUACAAAUGAUAGAACAUUAUGUCAAUGAAAAAAAAAUAACUCUUGAUGGAAAUGAACAAGAUCAAUAUUAUAAAAAUAAAAAUAAUAAUAAAAUGAAAAAUAACAUCAAUAAUAAUAAUAAUAAUGAUAAUAAUAAAUAUAACGACUUAUUUAUGUCAUUACAUAAUAAUCAUAUUUAUAAUGAAAAUGGUGAUAUGCCUAGCCAAGUGGAUGACAAUUUUUUAUUUAUGGCAUGGGAAAUUGCAAAUUUUUAUUUCUCUAUACUUUACUAUAAAUUAGACUUAAAAAGCAUUUUGAUUGAAUUGUUCAAAUGGAUAAAAUUAUUUGAAAAUUAUCACAACAAACGUUUUUUUCGUAUAUUAAAGUUCAGAUGUAUAUCAUAUGUUAUUCAUAUAUUAAUAUUUAUGAAUAAAUAUAAAUAUGCCGAAAGGAUUGUAAAAAAUGUGUUUCGUUUUAAUAUAAAGAAAAAGAGGAAAAUAUAUCAAAAUGGUAUAAAACAAAAUAAAGAAAUAAUAAAAGGCAAAUAUCAAAAUAAUGAAAAUGAAUUUUAUAUAUAUAAUAAGGAGAACAUUAAUAAUAGUUGUAAUGUGAUAGAAGAUAAAGAUAUAUCACAGGAAUGUAAUAUGAAAAAGGACCAAAACAUAAAUGAUUAUAAUGUGAAUAGGAUCAAUCAAGAAAUACAGUCUAUCCAAAAUGUAAACUCACCCAACAAAUAUGAAAAAAAUAUCAACCAUAAUAAUAAUAAUAUGUUGAAGUGCUAUGCAAAUAUGGAAAAAUUUAACAGUAGAUAUUAUUUUAAAAGAAGGAGAAAAAAAAAUACAAACUGUCAUAUUAUGAACAAAUGUUAUUUAUACCAUAGGUGGAUUAACUUCUUGAUGAAAAAAUAUAAUAAAAUCGUAAUUUAUUUAUUAAAAAAGAAAAAUAUCGUAAAACUUAUAUUAUUUAAUAAUAGAAAUGUACAUGUUCUUAUGAGAAAAAAAAAAGAAAGAAUUCUUAUAAAAGAAGUUAGUUUCAAAAUGAAUUCUUUACAGAAACUUUUAUUAUUACUUUAUAAAUUAUCUAUAAAGUUGUAUAAAUCAUAUUAUUAUCAUGCAGCUAUCUUGCAUUAUUAUACAUCACAACAAAUAUUGGAAGUUUCAAAAUAUUUAAAUAUUAAAAUUAAAAAAAAUGAUAAAAAUAAAAGGAAAAAUAAUAACAAAAAUAAUAAUAUAAAUAAAAAGAUAUAUAAUCAUUCCAAUAUGGUCACACCACAAUUUAAUUAUAACUACCAUAUGAACAAUACACAAUUUUUUCUAAUGGAUAAUUUAUUUUCUCAUUCUCUUAAUUCCCCUAAUAAUAUAAUUAAUAAUAAUUAUUAUUCCAAUCAACCUCUUAAUAAUAAAUCACAUGAUAAUGAUCCGAAUUUUUUUUCUCCAUUUAAAUUACAACAAUCACCUAAAGUAUCCAUAAAUAAAACAGAUAAAUCUUAUAGAACUCAUACCAAAAAUAAUGACGACAUGUUUUAUUUACAUGCUCUUAUUCUUAGUAUACAAAUUCAAUAUACCUUAUCCAUUUGUAUUAUUAUUUGCUCCGAUUUAUUUAAUUUUCCAAAAAAAAUAAAGAAACUCCAAAAGUUCAAUAUUAAAAAUAAACAACAAAUAUCAAAGGAUAAAUACAAAAAUAUGACUUAUAUGUCUUGCUUCUUUAAUCAUAAAAUUUUGUCAAAACAUUGCCGAAUAUUAAAUGGUCACAAAUUUGAUCAAUCUGUUAAAACAAAAAGGAUAAUUAAAAAUAAAGAAAAAGAAAAAGAAAAAUGUACAAAAAAAAAUCAUUUCAACAAAAAUUUAAAUAACCAACUCGAUCAUUAUAAUAGCAGUAUGAAUAAUACACCUGUGAAUUAUAAGCAACAUGAUACAUUUCAAUUUACAAAUAUAUACAAUAGGAAAUAUAAAAAAAGAAAAUUUAUGAAUAAAAAUAAUUGUUUAUCAUCACAAAAAAAUAAAGAAUAUAAUUAUAAUAAUAUAUUAUUACAUAUAAAGGAUAAUAAAUUAAAAAAAAUUUAUAAUAAAUGCUUACAUAAAAAUAAACAAAGAGAUUAUAAUUCUGACAGUAUUCUUAUGUAUCAAUAUUCUUCUGAUGAAUGUGAUAAACAUAUUUUGAGUGAUUCAUAUAAAGAUAAAUACAAAAAAUAUAUAAAUUUGCUGUCUAAAAAAAAAAAGAAAAAAAAAAGAAAAAAUAUAUUAAAAGUUAAAAAGAAUAAGAAGAAAAAUAAUUAUCAUAUAAUAAUAAAAAUUUCUACGUGGUUGAGUAAAAAUUCUGCUUCCCAAUUGAUAUGGAUAGCUCAAAAGCUAUUUAAGAUGUAUGUCCCAGAAUUGUUGUGUGUAGUCUUGGCUCUUCAAACAAAUAUGUUUAUGAAUAAAAAUAUAUUACCGAAUAUUAAAAGAAUUGACAAGAUACUAAACCUAUGUUCAGAUAACCCUCAGCUGGUUUAUUUCUCUUUGGAAUCCUUAAACAGUUAUAGGAACAAAGAGAACUUGAGGAAAUACAAACAUUAUUUUGAAUUAUAUAAAAAGUAUAAGAAAAUAUUUUUGGAUAAGAAGAAAGACAUUAAUAAUUCGAUGGAAAUGCUGCAUGAACUAUGUAAAUAUUUUUUUGUUCAAAAAAAAAAAACAAAAAAAAAAAGAAAAAAAAUAGAAAAAAUAGAAAAAAUAGAAAAAAUAGAAAAAAUAGAAAAAUGA